AUGCGUGUCUCUAAAGUCUCCGCCGCGACUGUGCUCGCUUCGACCGUCUCCGUCAAUGCGAUCCCCAUUCCCUGUCUCCUUCCCUUCCUGAGUGGCGCUGGUAGCCUCUUCGGUGGCUCGGGUCUGGGUGCCAGCUUGGGCGGCAGCGGCAGUGCUGAUGUAGGCGCUAACUUGGGCGCCGGUGCUGAUGCCAGUGGCAGGGGAAGUGCCGGUCUGGGCGCUGGACUCGGUGGAAACGCCGCUGCUAGUCUGGGCGCGAACGCUGGUCUGGGCGCUGGUCUGGGCGCUGGUCUGGGCGCCGGCCUGGGAGGUCUUUUCGGCGGCCACGCUGGUGGUAGCGGUAGUGCUGGUCUUGGUGCCAGUGGCAGCGGAAGUGCUGGUGCUGAUCUCGGUGCCGGUGCCGAUCUUGGUGCCGAUGCCAACCUUGGUGCUGGUGCUAGCCUGGGUGCUGGUGCUGGCCUGGGUGCUGGUGCUGGCCUUGGUGCCGGUGCUUCUGCCACUCCCUCUGCUGGCCUGGGUGCUGGUGCUGGGCUAGGUGCCAAUGCCGGGCUAGGUGCCAAUGCUGGCCUUGGAGCUAGUGCUGGUCUGGGCGCCGGUGCCGAUCUGGGUGCUGGUGCCGAUCUUGGUGCCUCUGGUGGUGCCUCCGGUGAUGUCUCUGGUGGUGCCUCUGGCGGUGCUGGCCUUGGUGGCAGCGCCGGUCUGGGUGGUAGCGCCGGUCUGGGUGGCAGCGCCGGGCUUGGUGCUGGUGCUAGCCUUGGUGCUGGUGCUGGUCUCGGUGCCGGCGCCGCUGCUACCCCCUCUGCGGGUGCUGGCCUCGGCGCUGGUCUUGGUGCCUCCGGUGGCGUCUCUGGUGGUGCCUCUGGCGGUCUUUCUGGCGGUGCUUCCGGUGACGUUGGCGGCAGCGCUGGUGCCACUCCCACUGAUGUCGGUGUUUCCCCUGUUGCUACUGGAGGUGCUGGUGGCAGCGGUGAUGUUUCUGGCGGUGCUUCGGGCGGUCUUUCUGGCGGUGCUUCCGGUGGUCUCUCUGGCGGUGCCUCCGGCGAUGUCUCUGGCAACGGUGGUGUUUCCGGCGGUGCAUCGGGCGGUCUUUCUGGCGGUGCUUCCGGUG